AUGCGUGACAAGCCGCAUGACCUCCGAGGGCCGAGAAACGUGCAUCGUGGAGCAGAGUUCGAUCCGUUCAAGCCGCCUUCCAAGUUGGAGGAGCUCGUCGGCACGACUGGCGCCAGCUACGCGACACCCAUCAUGGCGUCUCCUCCUAUAAACAAGCUUCCAGUGAAGCGCUUGUCUUCAUUUCCCGGAAUUCCCAAUUCCGAGGCAGACGUGAAACCGCAGAAGCCAGCGGCCCUGAACUUCUCCAAGCGGGAUGAAAUUGCGGCAAUGCAAAAACUGGCUGGAGAAGGUGGCCUCGUAUUGGAUAUUUGGCUUGGAGCCGAGUGUGUCACCAACAUCUGCACCGACGUGGUGAUGAUCCUACUUCUUUGGAGGGAGGUGCUAAUUACGCGCGCGUUGGGCGCGUUUGUGGUGUGGAACACCCUGGCGGUGAUGUGCUGCUGCUGCGGCAACCUGGUCGGCCUACGUUACCCACCUAAAUGGUACACACACCGAGACGUGGAAGAGCUCACAAUGCACGAGAAGGUGAAGAUUUUCAUCUUCUGGGCACCCGUGAUCAUAGCUAUUGCAUUCGCAAAGGUGUAUUACACGAGCCUGCUGUACCAGUUCUACAGAAUCUACAAAGUGACCCGCGGCAAGGCUUACGACGGAGAGGGCCUUGCGGAAAUGGCGUGCAGCGGACGAGCGUCCAGGGCGCGAACACCCGCUGUGCCCACAGCCGCCGAAGGCAGAACACCCGCCGGCCUCUCGCCGCUGCACCCGCACGGCGUAGCGCUGCCAACCGCAGUCCCCGAAACCCCACUCACGGCAGUCCAAACGCCCAGCGGCCCUUCGCAGUCCUCCGUUACCCCGCGAGACGGCGGGACGGCCGUGGCCUCCGCGAUGACGAGCUUCUCGGCGACGCCUCAGCCGCAGACGGCAGACUGUUCUGCAGCGGUGACUCCUCGGCCGAUCAUUCAAAAACCCAUGAAACCACGUGUGGCAGCCGAACGGGAUCUAGCCGUGACGGUCGACUCCAAAGCAAAGUCUCGACCACCGGCCGCCGGUCGUACGAAAAAGCAGCCCUGCACUGCAAUGCCGACUGCAAUGGACGGUCGCAAUGCCGACGGCAAAGCGACGGCGACAAAGAGCCCCACUGAACGCACGCGACCGUUUAGCCAACCCACUUAAACCUGCUCAGGCAGCGAUGCCGCUGCAGCGUCCACGGCAGCCAGCGAUAGGUGGCAGACGGCACCGACAGCGUUCGCAGACGUCACAGACUCCUCGAGGACGCAGAAGCUUCGUAUAGGUGCUAUUAACUUAUUGCGGUGCUAUUAUUGCCUUCUAUACAUCAUUUAAAAGAAAUAAGAAUGUUGGCUUUGGUGUCACUUAGUGUCGAAGCAGCUGCAAAUAUCUUAGUGUCCAAUAAGUAUGCCACGCCAGUUUCGCAUACCUUAGACCGGAACAAUUACUUUUGCUAAUAACAAAAAUUUCACGCCAUAGGCAAUUUGUGAUAGCGGUGUAUCGCCGCUGCUCGUAGUUGCAUUCCGAUAGCUCUGUUGAUUUGUAAUGGAUGAAGGUCCUUCAAGAAAUGUUGUUCUGCUCGUAAGGCGGGGGAGGACAAUUUCCAACGCAGUUAAUAUUAGGCAGUGUACACCAACAUAGCAACACAGACCGAGCACAGAAGUUACAUGGCUAGAGGCGUAUAUGUGGAAAGCCUGCAAAGCAACACCUGGCCAAUCAUUAUGCCAGUACGCGUAGUUUGUUUGGGAAAAUAUAGGCUGGACACUUUUUACCUUAGAAGCGGUUUUUCGCGAAAUCGCCCGCACACUUUUGUGGCAUAAUUGCGGAGGAAGUUAUGUCAUGGCGUUACGCUGCGGAAUGUGGCCUGCUUUCAGACUGCCCGCUUCAGGACGAAUGAAGAGCCGUUUCUCACGCGUUUGUCUCCUUCACGGGGAAGUGAAUGGUGUUUUCGAAUUUGACUCCGCUUUAUUUCGCCUAUAUAUGCAAGCGAUAAAUAGUGUUUAAGGAAAUUGUUUAUAGGAGAAGUCUAUCUUUCUAGCGUUCUUCGACUCAGUUACC